GACCAUUUCACUACUGACCAUUCAAUAUUAGCACUGAUCAUUUGCCUAUUUUUUUACUGACCAUUUCAUUUAUUUUACUGACCAGAAAUUAUCUUCCCAUUAUUUAAACGAUGAUUUUGAACAAGUGGUUGAUGAAAAGAUUCUUGAAUAGAUUGUGUUAAUACUGGAUGAACCGUUAAACUAGUUAAAUACGAAUUGAAAAUUGAAUCUCAGAUUAACAAAAUAAAGUUUAUCUAACUGUUUUAGUAUCUGCAUAGAUUUUUAUUCUUCUUUUUGAUGAAGUUACUCGUUGAAAGCGACAGUUAAUAUUUUGUAGAGUGAUAUACUUUUCUUCCCAUGGAAUAAAAAACGUGGCAAAAAUGAUGCAAAUUACAUCAUUUUAAUGAAACUUUUGUUAGAGAAAAAUGAUGUCGAAAAUGAAAAAAAUGCUAUUUUUCAUCGUGAAACGGACAUUUUCUUGCAUGUAUUUCAAAUUCGGGUGUGGGUGUGGGGUGUGAACUUCUUUUUCAAUCACAUCCACACCCUUUUGAAAACUAGUCGAAUCGAAUCGAAUGAAAGAGUUCAAAAAAUGAGACGAAUCGAAUCAAAUCGAAUCCGAGUGCAACUUUUGUCAUUCGUUUCGAAUUCUGGUUCCAAUCGACAAAUCUACAUGAUAAUCAACAGGAUUUUUAUAAUAACACGACUCACAUUUAUUAUAAUAGCUAUUUUGAUCGACAAAUUCCAUCCAAUAUUAUUUUACCAAGCAUUGAAGAUCUUCAUAUAGGACUUCCCAUAAAUAAUCAAUUUUGGUCUAUGAUUCCAAGUUUAAAACGACUCCAUUCACUUAGAAUAUCGUCUUAUACUGAUGAUUUGUAUUCUGAUUUACAACAUUUACUUAAUCAAGCACAUAAUCUCUCUAGAUUAGCUAUUGGUCAAGAUGCUUGUUAG